AGUUAGAGUUAAGUUAUGUUUUGCUUGUUUGGAGCUAGUGAGUGUGCGAACGUGUUCGAUAGCUGUGACGAUGAGAAAUUGGAAAGCAUGCAUAGUUGCGAGCCCGUGCCGGCGGCGGCGCCCCCGGCGUCCGGGCCAAACCUCCUGCUGCAACUAGGACGGCUCAUCAUCAGGUCGCGGAGCGCUAGCCCUGCGGCCCGCGGCACCCCCCAUGACCGACUGAUCCACGCCAAGUUGAUCGCUGCUAACCCCUCCACCAGCACACAGGUCCAGAACCAACCGAAGCCAGUAGAGACUGAGGAACCGCAGUCAGCUGUCGAGGCUCAGCUCAGCACGCGCGUGCAGGCUCUGUGGGACGACCAGAUCCCCGUCUGUAUUGAGGUGCUGUUAGCUCCCGACUGCCAGGACUGCUACUCGUCGCUGUGCCGCGAGGGUGACUGCGACAAGCACGCGCACCGGGCACUGCUGCUCGAGCGCUGGACUAUGACUGCGCAGCAAGUUAACAAAGGCGAACACAGCCCAGCAUUCAGCACUUCACAAUGGCUGCUGAACGCGGUCCGGUCGCAGCUGCACUUCUCGCAGCUGUCCGCGUGGCUCGCCAGGAUCAAGGAGACCAGCGGUGAUGACAGUCCCACGGAACGCAGACGCAAGCUAAGCCGCGAAACAUGCAACUUCAAGAAGAUAGAAGCCAACUGUGACGACGACACGGAUCGCAAACUAAACGUUGUUUACUCCAUCAAGAUAUCUCAGGACAGCUACCAGAAAUCCGACUUCGCCCGACCUCCUAACGACCAUAAAUUCCCAGUAACUGACAUUGGCAACAACCUAUACCUCAAUAUCAUACUAGAAAGCUUACCCAGACUGGACGAUAUCCCUCAUAUAAAGUGCACCUGCCAAAAACGAAAGUCCAGCAAGGAUAUUCCGCCUAAUAUACACGAAGAAAUCGUCGGCAAACUCAAUGAUCUCACUAUAGGAAAUAAGUUUGAUAACUCAAAUGUUGUGGACGACAGAAUGCUGACUCCUUGCAGCGAGAGUGGUAAACACAAGUGCAGCUGUGAUGACGAGUCUGACGGCAAGGAUCGACCCAAGAAACUCGACGACAGACGCCUCAAAGAGAUCGCUAAAUACAAACGCAGGCUUCGCAAAGAGUGUAAGAUUAAAAAACUCCACGAUAGCACAUCGUCCGAAGGAGAUAGUUUACAGAAGAGCAAAGAACCUCACACGUCAAUACCGAUUUUACAAGCUUCGAGGUUCGAUAGGUUUCGGGCUAUAGGGUGCUAUAGAAAUCAAACAUAUCUGACGCUCCCGGCGACCAGGAUCGAGACCAAAUCACCGUUCAUUGACACAGAUGUACCACCACCAGCUGAGUUCAAGAAGACCAAUACAGUGUCCACACAGACCGAGGAGUUGUCAUGUCAGUGCGGCAGUGUACUUCAGAUGAAAUGCGAAAAUUGUAACGACAGAGGGAUGGUCAGAUCGGAAGGCAAUUAUAACUUAGCGUCAGCGAGCGAUGGUAUUACGAAAGAAGACGAUAAGAAGAUUAAAAAGCAUAAAUGUGAUACAUUUUGUGAUAAUAAUCGUAGUAUUAGUGAUAAUAGUGACAUAAUAAAACGACCUAAAUUGAGAAGAUUUUUUCCUAUUGUGGACAAAAUCGAGAAGAUUGUUACGGACAGAUUCGCGCAAAGAGAUAAGGAUAUAGAGGAGUUGCAACUAGAGAAGGAAGAUACGGUCUUCUCUCGUCCGAGAGACUCUAAGCGUCAGAAGACGUUCUCUAUAAGUGAUGAAGAUUAUGUUUUGUAUGAAAAGUGUGAUUACGGGACCUUUGACCAGUGUAGUGAGAGUGGGGAGGGGGGUGAUUCCCCCAAAGGUUCUUCGGAAGGUUUUAAGUUCCCUGAUCCUCGGAAGGUGGAUAACCAGGUGCCUUCUCCGACGGAGAUGGAUAGGUUUCGUUGGCGGUUCGAUUCUGCGGCGUCUAUGGUCUUUCAUACGAAGACUGGUCUGCCGCUGACUUCGAGCCCUGCUCCUCUGAGAAGGGGAAAUAACUGCUUCGAUUUCGAUGAUUCAAUUAAUGGCAUUUCUGGUAUUAAGAGCGCCCUCUUCCACCCGAUCUCAACCCCCGCGUCGCCCGCCUCCCCCGCAUCGCCUCCCCCCGCGCCCCGCGCCGCGCCCGCCACGGCUGCCACUGCGUCUGCGCCUGCGCCGGCCACUACGACUAGCCCCAAGAUACGCAUGCGGCCUAGCUCGGGGUUACUGGGCAGUUUCGAAGAAUCAGCUCUGAAAGGCCGGCUGGAGCCUGUAGCGACAGUAGCCGGGUUCACAGCCGAGCUGGGCGCGUACGGCGCGUUCUGCCCGCCGCACCGGCGCCUGCCGGUCACCGUGUUCUUUUACGCGCCAGGAGGGACUAAUGCGCCUUAUAUGGGCCACAUAAACCUAGGACCAGGUGGCUACCGAGUAGCCCGUUCAGGCACCAUUCAGCUCUCACUCUUCAACCCUCAUGGGACCCUGGUCAAGAUGUUCGUGGUCCUAUACGAACUGUCCCGGAUGCCGCCCGGGGCCAGGACUUUUCUGCGCCAACGCACGUUGUAUAUGCCGACGGACCCGUCUCACCCGGUGCAUGGAGGGGCUAACCCGCCUGUGGCUCCGCAUAAGUGGCUGCGGUAUCUUAUACAUCUCAGAUUUAUGACAUCGAAAUCCGGAAAACUGUAUCUACACACCGACAUACGUAUCAUCGUAUCAAGAAAAGCCGAUCUCGACACAGCGACCGCCCACUCCGCCAUAUUCCGCCCUCUCCCGACCAAUGGCAGCGCGCCAUCCGACCCGAACAAAGCCGAACGCGACCCGAAUACACCCGAUCGCAAACCGAACCGCGUCUUCGGCGGCAGCUCGGAAUACGACGAUUCGAAAAAGGAAUUCGGUUAUGAGAAUCAAAAUGGCGUCUCCUAUGAAUUGAGGAGCUUUACUUAUGCGCCUGAUAAUCCGAAAUAUUCGCCUCGGUAAGCUUCGGGAGAAUUCGGCAAUGUUCGGAUUACCUAGUGAGUUUUGCAAGUCAACUUUCUCGAUACGUAAAUUAUGAUACAGCUUAUUUACAUAGCUUUAAUUUUAGAACUGUCUAUUUGAUAGAGCUGACAACGGCUUUUGGUCGUAUUAUUAACGCGUUCACUGACGAAAAAGUAAACGUUAUUAUCCGACAAAAUGAAUAAGAUGUAAUAUUCACAUCGUUUGAUGUAUCAUACGACUCGUAAUUUUAGUCGAAUUAGCCCCGUAUUCAUGGUAAAUUUUUGUUUAUAAACAAAGUUGCAUCAACAUGUUGCUAUGUUGCUGUCAAUACUGCUCGCUGCACCAGUCUAACCAAGGGGUAUCGGGUUGCCCGGGUAACUGGGUUGAGGAGGUCAGAUAGGCAGUCGCCCCAUGUGGCACACUGCUACUCAGCUGCAUCCGGUUAGACUGGAAGCCGACCCCAACAUAAUUGAGAAAAGGCUCGGGAGAUGAUGAAUACUGCUUGUUGCAGAAAAAUAACAAUUUAGAAACAACCUGUUUCCAGCAAAAUUCUUGUUUCUAAGCAAAUGUUUGUCAUUCAUACGGGGCUUUAUAAUUACGUAUCGAGAGCGUUGACUUUCAAAACUCGGGAUCAGCACUCGGGUGAGUUCGGCAUACUUCGGGUGAGUUCGGGAGACAUCGGCAAUGUUCGGGCGUUUCCGUGAAUGAUUAGGUUGCGUAGUAAUCGGUCGUCGGUUUUUGUUUUUAGUGCCUGUAUGUAAUGAUUGUUUGUUUAACUGUAUGUAUUAAUGAGAAAAUAUAUUUUUGGUUUUUCUAA